UCACGACUACUACCUCGUAUCAACCAGACUACAUUGUUUAGUAUGACCAAUCAACCAAACCUGUAAGAUGAUACAAGCGCCAACUUCGCACCAAGCUCUUUCUUCUUUCUUUUCUAUCAAUCCAUCUUCUCUUACUGCCUCUUCGCCGAUUCCCUUCUUCUCCAUCCUGCAUGAAUGCUCAGCGGAUAGUACGACCCUUGUGCCCCCUGCUCUACCCUCUCUGCCCCCUUCCUCUCGUCUUUCCAGACACAAGUCUCCCACCCCCAUACCCCACAAGAAUAAAGAGGAAACCUGAAACCUCAGCUUCUAAAUCAAGUAACAGUCUCCCCAGCAGAAAUCACACAGGGAUAUUGCAUGCAUGCGCGUACCAGUGUAUGUGUUCCCUUGGCCCGCUCAAAAUCCCCGGCGCCCCGUUUGUCCAGCCACUUCUCUUCCUUCAGCUUUUCUUUUCUUUUUCUUUGUCGUGUGUGGCUCCGCUACGUCUUCAGCCAUGUGUGUGUGUGUGUGUGUGCCAUGGUAUCGCUGUAUUCCGAACCCUACCCUGUCCUUCUCGCCAGAAAACCCUGGCUUGGUGCAGUACAGGGAGGUGCAGGCUGCGCCUUGUGCCGAUACCGUUGUAUUGAAUGUUCUGGAAUAAGAAGGAGAUAGUUAUACCUGCCCGCGGCGGUUGGGGUGUA